AUGUGCUUACGCGUGGGAUUUUGUGUUGUCCGAGCCGAUUUUGUGUUCGACUGCCAUCGGCAGGCGUAUCGACUGUUGCUCUAUUUGAAUGUGAUCGAUUGCCUUUUAGUUUUCCGACCGGAUCAAAUUGAGCCGCCUCAGCCAUUGCUGUCAAAGUUCAAGUCUUGUUCGUCGACGAGCAGUCGGCGUCACGGCUAUCCGAAAAGCACCGGUGGCUGUUUCGCAUUACAGGACCAGUGUAAUUCGGAAUCGGCGGUCAACAGCAAGUCCCAGGCCCCGGCGCAGGACCGAAAACCGCCGUUCGAAACGACUGCCAGCCAGAAGCAGUUGUCGUCGAUGGCCGCCCAAGGCAUGACUCCGUUUGCGGCCGUCAACGAGGCGGCUAAAGUGAGGACGGCGAAAGAGGACCUCCCCUCAUGUUCGUCGUCAGCGGUGAGGGAGAACGCGUCGACGUCGCCGAACCAACAGGAGCCACCUGCCGACUGCCAGCCAGCUCAGCUUUCAGGCUCACACACCGGGGACGUUCGCUAUGACAUCUCGAAAAUGCGCAUCGACGCGCGAAUCAAGGAGUCCGGCAACGUCUUGCGGCCACAACAGAAUGACUGCCACGCAUUGCACAACGGAAUACCGGAAGUGUCGACCGUUUCUAGAAACGCUAGCCCAGCGGGAAACAUCAUCGAGCUUAGGAAGUGUCUGGUACGAGCUUUCGGAUUUUUCACCUCAAAAUUCAUAGAAGAACUUUGA